UAUGGCGCAUCGAUUGACAAAGCUUUGACAGUUUUGGUUUAUAAAACUUAUUAAAAUACGUAUUUGUUUUGUAUGGAGAUGUUUACUUUGCCGAAUUUUUGUCGGGUCUGCCUUAAAUACGACAAAAACCUGAUCGACUUGGCUCAUAUCGAGAAUGAACCGAGCGAAACGCUGAUGAGUAAACUUCAGCUUUGCGUUUCCGAAGUGGAGUGGACCACCUUCAAGCCUUUGUUAUGCCAUCCGUGCAUCAAGCGGCUAAACAUAGCCUACAGUUUUAAGAAACAAUGCGUCCAAUCGGCUGGCGUUUUAAAAAAUUAUGUCGAACUUGUGAAAGAAUCUCAGAAAAAGAACGAAUCUCAACAAAAUGUUACGCCGAAAACGGAAAGUGGCAUGCCUCCUGGUGGCGCAUAUAUGUUGCUGCCUAAUCAAAAGUAUGUGAAAAUACUUGUAGGUUCCCAGAAUCAAGGCACUACAGGAAAUACAUUUCAAAAUGUUUUUUUAAAUUUAAUACCUACCGCCACCUUGAACGCUGUGCCCGCUUCCAGCGAGUCGGCGCAAACGAACAAAGACACUAAUCAGAAUGUUUUUUUAAAUUUAAAUAACACUUUUCAAAAGUUCAUACCACUGGCCCCUAUAGAUACCUCAAUAAAAGUGGAACCACCUCCCCUUAAAAAGUGCGAGACCACAAAGCCUACAAAUGUUAAUGUAAAUCAACUAUUGACUGACAGUAAAGCAGAGGAAAUGAGUGUUGAAAUUGAUCCUACGUCAUUGCUACAGUUGGAGCAUGAUGAUGGUAGCAAUGAAGAAUCAGCCAUUAAUGACUGGGAUGAGGUGAUAACCCAUUCAAAAAUAGAUCCAAAGGAAACAAAGGUGAAUGGGGACGUAACCCUAAAUGGCAAAGAUUCAAUGUAUGGAAACUAUGUUCCUAUACUUCCAAAACAGGAAGACUUUUUUUCGGGUCAACAUUUUUUGUCUGGCUCCUUUGAACCAAGAGAUAUUGUUUGUGAAUCAUGCCAAAGAACAUUCCCUUCUCUGAGACUGCUUAAACAACACUUUAAGCACUUCCACUUGGGGAAGUUGCCUUUUAAAUGCGAGUACUGUUACACAGAGCAUUUGACCAGAAGUGAUUAUGAGUCAUGUGUCAAAAGCCACAAACUAGAAUCGGACAGUUCAACUAACACCUCUCUCACAUUGAAAGACUUUGCAACUGCUUCACCACAGGCUUUAGACGCUCUCUCCCUAUCAGAUUUUACGACCCAACAAAAUUUAAUACCCAAUGAAAAUGGACACUAUGUUUGUGACAUUUGCAAUCACGUUUUUAAGAAUUCGGCUGGAGUUUUGAGGCACAAGGUGAGAAAACAUAAUCACCGGGAAGCUAGAAAAAAAUAUUUUAUUAAAGGCAUGAAAAAUGCCAAGUGCGAUAUCUGCCAGCGAGAGUUCUCUACACAGUCAUACAUGCAACUCCACAGGAAACUGCACAUGAGAGACGAUAAGGGUUAUAAAUACAAAGUAUUGGGAAGGAGUAAAUAUGACCUCAGCAAUGAAGAUAAGGACAAAGAGGAUAAAGCUGACAAACCUUCAGACGAUAAAGAAUCCCAUGAAGGUACCCAAGAAGAUGAGGAGCAUAGUGAUUCUAAUGGCGAGCACGAGAGGAAAAAAAGGAAAAUAUCAAUUGAGUCACAGGAUGAUUCGGGAGAUGAAAAAGACAAAGGGGAGACUGCAGAUAAUGACAAAAAGGACGAAGUGGAAGACGAAGAAGAUUCAGAAAGUGAGGAUGAGGAUCAUGACACUGAUGAGCAAGUGAGCGAAGAAAACUAAGACUAGGGUAGAUCUUUUUUGCAAUGCCAUGUGGUAUGUUGAGAGUGAUAUAUUUACUGAUAGGCCCACUCGAGCAAGCUUAUUGACACAUAAUAAUUGGAUUUUUAUAUAUACAUUUUUUUUGCCAUUUAGUUAUUGUACUCUGUAUACACCACUUUAAUUUUUGAACUGAACUAGAUAGACGAUACUUUACUGCAACAUUGUUUUAAGUAUUUAAACAUUCUGUAAUAUCUUUUUUUUUCUAUCAGCAUAAGGUUUUAUACACUAGGUUAGCGUUAAGGUUAAUUCUUGAUUUUUUUUAUCGAUUAAUUAUACUUUGUACAUAUUUUUCUUAAAUUUUCGAAUAAUUCGUCCUUUUUUAAUAGAUAAGAGGAUAUGCCUUUUAAUUUUUUUUUUGCAGUUUUAAAUAUUAUUUUAAAUUGAAAGGUAUUAAAGGCAUAUUUUGUAAUAUAUAUAUUUGAAAUUAAGUAUAUCGCCUAGUCUCAAAGCAAUUUCAGUAAUAACAGGACCCCAUAAUUUGUGCGGUAGAAAAUUUAUGAAACGAGAAGAAUAUAUAGGAAUUUCGUGGGGUCUGAUUAGAAGACAGGCCACUUUUAAACUUUUGUAAAAAGUGCUAAACCGGCAAAAUAGGCUCUUCGAGUAAAAAGUUAAACUUACCACCCAU